AUGAUCAAUUUAUUACUUCUGUUUAUUACAUUUUCAUUAUCAAAACAAUGUAGUGAAUAUACUACAAAUGAAAUAGAUACAGUUGACAGUGCAUUUGAAUGUAUUGAAUCAAUUGAAACAACAGAAAAAGAAAAUAAUGAUAUUAUCACAGGAUUAAAAUAUUAUUUAGAAGCAUACGUAUUUAAAGAUAUAUUAAAGAAUCCACCACAACCAUCAUUUUCAAAUAAUUAUUAUGAAAAAGUGGAUAUUGAUUCAGAAUUAAAUAAAAUAAAUACAAAAACAACAAGUAUGUAUGAUUUCUAUUCUCAAAUUAAAAAUCUCAUCAUUUCAACAAGAGAUGGACAUUUAGGUUUUAAUGUAGAUGACAAACUUAAUAAACCAAAUUCAGAAUUAACUAAUUUCUUUUAUUUCCUUCCAUUUGAAAUCAAUAUUGAUAAUGAUAAGAAAAUGUAUUUAAUUCCUAGAAAAAGUCUUGGUGGUAUUCCUAUUGAUGUUCCAGAAAUAGAUGAUAAUCAGAACAUAGCAGUUAAAACAAUAAAUGGAGAAGAUCCAUUUAAUAUUAUUCGUGAAUUUGGAAAGAAAUAUAUGGGAUUCAAAUGUCCACAUGCACAAUUUACACAAGCAAGAUCAGCAAUUUCAUUUGGGUCAUUGAGUGAUAUACCAUUAACAAAAGAGUAUUUAAACACACCAAUAAGUAUUACAUGGGAAAAUGGAGAAAGUGUCACAAUUAACUAUUCUAUAUUCAAGCUAUCAACAUCUAAUAAAUCACUUAAAGAAUUACUUCAAGGAGAAGAAGUUAAACAAGGAAUUCAACCAAAAUUAACACCAGAAGAAAUAAAAUCAAGAAAAGAAAUUGGGAAAAGAAUGAAAACAAAACAAGGAAUAAGUGAAGGAUAUAUAUCAGAUGAUAAUAAAGUAUAUUGUUUAUUAACAGAUAAUAAAAUUAAUACAUUUGUCAUUGAAUCAUUUAGUCCUGAUGAUGCAUAUGCUAAAUCAUAUGAAGAUACUGUUCAAAAUGUAU